GUGCCUGGAGCGCGGCCACGCCUGGCUGGACCACCAUUUCCCCGGCGGUGGCGCGGACCGGCGGCCGGUAGUCCCCCAGCGCCGAGCGGGCUCCUCCUUCAGCCUAGCUCCGGCGACCAGCAUGAGCGCGCGCUCCGAGCGCGGGGCGGCCGUGGCCCUGGGGGUGGUGCCCGCACCCUGCGCCUCCAAGGUGGAGCUGCGGCUCAGCUGCCGGCACCUGCUGGACCGAGACCCGCUCACCAAGUCUGACCCCAGCGUGGUGCUGCUGGUGCAGUCACAGGGCCAGUGGGAGCAGGUGGACAGGACCGAGGUUGUCCGGAGCAGCCUGCAUCCUGUCUUCUCCCGGGUCUUCACACUUGACUACUAUUUUGAGGAGGUGCAGAAGCUACGCUUUGAGGUCUAUGACACCCACGGAACCAGUGGCCUCAGCUGCCCCGAGGAUGACUUCCUAGGGGGCUCAGAGUGCACCUUGGGGCAGAUUGUAGCCCAGAGGAAGAUGACCCGGCCACUGCUCCUCAAGUCUGGCAGGAACGCUGGCAAGUCCACCAUCACGGUGAUAGCAGAGGACAUUUCAGGGAAUGAUGGCUACGUGGAGCUAUCUUUUCGGGCCAAGAAGCUGGAUGACAAGGAUCUCUUCAGCAAGUCGGACCCCUUCCUGGAGCUGUACCGGAUCAAUGACGAUGAGACCGAGCAGCUGGUGUAUAGGACGGAGGUGGUGAAGAACAAUCUCAGCCCUGUGUGGGAGACCUUCAAGGUGUCACUGAAUUCGCUCUGCAGCUGCGAAGAGACCCGGACCCUGAAGUGUCUCGUCUGGGACUACGACUCCCGAGGGAAGCAUGACUUCAUCGGGGAGUUCUCCACCACCUUCAGGGAGAUGCAGAUGGCCUUCGGGGAGGGCCAGGCCCAGUGGGACUGUGUGAACGCCAAAUACAAGCAGAAGAAGCGCAACUACAAGAACUCGGGGGUGGUCAUUCUGUCCUUCCUAAAGUUCCACAGGGUCUACUCCUUCCUGGACUACAUCAUGGGCGGCUGCCAGAUCCACUUCACUGUGGCCAUCGACUUCACGGCCUCCAACGGUGACCCCAGGAACAGCUGCUCCCUGCACUACAUCAACCCCUACCAGCCCAAUGAGUACUUGCGGGCCCUGGUGGCCGUGGGCGAGAUCUGCCAGGACUACGACAGCGACAAGAGGUUUUCUGCUUUGGGGUUUGGAGCCCGAAUUCCUCCCAAGUACGAGGUGUCACAUGACUUUGCCAUUAACUUCAACCCUGACAAUGACGAGUGUGAAGGUAUCCAGGGUGUGGUCGAGUCCUACCAGAACUGCCUGCCCAAGGUCCAGCUCUACGGCCCCACCAACGUGGCCCCCAUCAUCAACAAGGUGGCGCGCACCGCCGCUGCCGAGGAGAGCACGGGAGAGGCCUCUCAAUACUACAUCCUGCUCAUCCUGACGGACGGCGUGGUGACCGACAUGGCAGACACACGGGAGGCCAUUGUGCGAGCCUCCCACCUGCCCAUGUCCAUCAUCAUUGUGGGCGUCGGCAACGCCGAUUUCACGGACAUGCAGAUCCUGGACGGGGACGAUGGGGUGCUGCGGUCCCCUCGGGGCGAGCCCGCCCUCCGCGACAUUGUGCAGUUUGUGCCCUUCCGCGAGCUCAAGAAUGCAUCCCCCUCAGCACUGGCCAAGUGUGUGCUGGCCGAGGUGCCCAAGCAGCUCGUGGAGUACUACAGCCACAAGGAGCUGCCCCCACGUGGCUUCAGCACCACGUCCCAGGAGGCUGGCCAGUGA